AUGUCUAAGCCAGACUGUCUCCUAGCUAGAGUUUUGAGAGGGAAGUACUGCCAUAGUAAAUCCUUUCUAGAGGUUUCCCUACCGGCUAGCUGCUCACACGGAUGGAGAAGUAUACUACAUGGCAGGGAUCUUCUAAUUACGCACCUAGGCAAGUCUAUUGGCAAUGGACUAGAAACUAAAGUCUGGAAAGAUUCAUGGAUUUCUCUCGAUGAGCAAAUCAAAAUGCAUGGACCUCUACAGGAAGAAGUUAUUGAUCUUAGGGUGGCAGACCUACUCACAACAGACCUCCAAUGGAACAAGACAAGAGUCCAGGAAAUCUUACCUUCGGUAGCACCUCAGAUACUGUGCCUGAAACCAAGCCAAACAGGAGCCUCCGAUGCUUUCAUCUGGCAGAAAACCUCCUCGGGUACCUAUACAACAAAGUCAGGGUAUUACUCAGCAAGGAUGGAUCAUGUUCAGCAGGAAGCUAUGAUAAACUCAGACUUCGACUGGAAGAAGGAUGUAUGGAAAAACACCUGCUCACCUAAGCUGAAGGUUUUUCUCUGGUCGAUUCUAAAAGGAGCUCUACCUCUAGGUGACAACCUACAAAGAAGGGGAAUCAACACAGAGGUUAAAUGCCCACGUUGUCAGGGAGAGGAGACAACAAUACAUACAUUCUUCCUAUGUCCAUUUGCAGUGGAAGUGUGGAAGCUGAUACCUCUUAGAGAUGUAGUUCACAUAGCUACGGAUGAAGCGAUCCCGGAAGUGCUGACGAAAUUCAGAAACAGCAUCUGUCUACCUCCUUCUGGAAUCACCAACAACAUCCUCCCCUGGGUAGUCUGGUCGAUUUGGCUAUCACGGAACGCCCUAAUCUUCGAAGCUCUAACCUCUCCCCCUGAAGAGAUUGCGACAAGAGCAAUAAGAUUAGGCCGCGAGUGGACGUAUGCACAAGGGAUCAAAGCAACUCCUACUAACGUGAUUCAAAGGGGGACGAACAGCAAAUCUCACCCGGUGGAGACAGAGGGAGAAACUCUCUGUCGGUCAGAUGCAGCGUGGAACAAACAAACAAAGCAGGCGGGAUUUGGAUGGAUCUUCACAGGACACGGCUUCACAACGGCAGUAGAGGGAUCGAACUCGCAGGAUUAUGUAGACUCUCCUCUGGUAGCGGAAGCGAUGGCGAUGCGACUCGCCCUCAUCAAGGCAGCGACCCUAGAGAUCAAAACUCUCAGGAUGUCCUCCGACAAUAGAACGCUCAUUCGAGCAAUCCACGGUGACAUGCAGGCUAAGGAAAUCAGAGGAAUCGUCCACGACAUCCUUGAAAUCUCCUCUGUUUUCGUCUCAAUUUCCUUUUCUUUUGUUUCUCGCGAUUUCAACAAAGAAGCUGAUGCCUCAGCUAAGCUUUCGUUACGUCGUCGUUCUGUAUCAACCCUUAAUGGGUAA